GCCGUUAAAACCCAAAGAAGAAGAAGAUGAAGUUGUUUUCAGUGUUUGCUUUCAGUUUUCAAUCAUGACAAGUCCGUCACAAUGAUGCAGACACAUCAGCGUUUGUGGAUCAUAUUACCAUGUUUUAUUGCAUUAUUGGCCGUGACCAUUACAUGUGCUCCUGCGGGCUCACUUUUGCUCCUGUGUCUCUGCUGUAUGGCUCUUCUAUGGAAGAUAAAGAUCAAGAAUCGCUCCAUAUCGAGUCUUUUGGCUCAGUAUGUGGCUGUGAAAGCAGUGGGUUGGCUGGGGAGUCGCCAGAGAAACAGACUAGAGUCAGACACACGGGACAUUAAUCGCGUUCAGGAGGAAACUCUGCUCCAGCGUCUGCAGAAACACUCCGACACCGUUUACGGCAAGAACUACGAGUUCAGAUCAAUUAAAGACACCGAAACAUUUCAACAGCACCAUCCGGUCACGGAUUACAACCAUUAUGAAAAUUUUGUGGAGCGUGUGGCUAAAGGAGAGCAGAAUGUUUUAAUAUCGGAAAAGCCUCUUAUUCUGGCUAUGACAUCAGGAACGUCUGGAUCCAGCCGUAUGCUUUUGAGCACCAAAGACACCAACACAGAAUUCUUCCUACAGGGGGUGACAAUUUGUCUAGAUGCCAUGAUGCAAGCCUUUCCAGCCACUGACUGUCUCCAGAAAACCCUGAAGCUCUUUUACUCGCCCAUUUUUCGUCUGAGUGAGGCAGGUAUUCCUAUUGGCCCCAACUCCUCAACUCCUGCCUCCUCUAAACACAUGCUGCAUCUGUACACCACGCCAGCACCUGUCUAUCAGGUGCUGAAUGAGAGAGACGCCUUGUAUCUCCAUCUGCUGUUUGGGCUGAAAGACCGCAAUCUUGGCAUGCUGGAAUCCAACUUCUGCUCUACCGUCUUUUAUGCCUUCAGAGCCCUGCAGGAACGUUGGAAAGAUCUUGUGGUGGAUGUGGAAGUGGGCAUGAUCAACUCCGGUCUGAGCCUGAAGGCUGAUGUACGCCAUGCUCUAGAGAAACUGAUGAAGCCAGAUCCGGAGAGAGCCGCUGAGCUCACAGCCCAGUUUGAGGAAGGCUUUGAGGGGAUCGCACUCAGGAUAUGGCCCCAGUUACACCUGGUUCUGACAGUGGAUUCGGGCUCCAACCAGAUUUAUGGGGAGAUGUUACGGCGGCACUACUGUAAAGAUAUCCCAUUCUACUCCCCUUUCUACGCUGCCACUGAAGGCCUGAUAGGUGUGAACCUGUGGCCUCAGCAGGAGAGCAGACAAUAUCUCCUGUGUCCUCGCUCCAUGUUCUGUGAGUUUAUACCAGAGAAGGAUCUGGAUUCAGAACAGCCCAAAACUCUCCUGAUGGAGCAGCUUCAAGAAGGACAUAACUAUGAGUUGCUGGUCACCAACGCUUCAGGAUUAUUCAGGUAUCGCAUUGGAGAUGUUGUGAAAGUAGUUGGGUUUCAUAACCAGUGUCCAAAAGUGGAGUUUCAGUAUAGGCGCGGUCAGAUGUUGAGCGUGCGUGGUGAGAAAGUGUCUGAAUCACUGUUUUUGGGGGCUCUUAAGAAGGCAGUGACACAGUGGCCAGGAGCCAGACUAAUAGACUACAGCUGCGUUGAGAGUGGCAUUUUAGGCAGUGCAUCUGGAAUAGCUCAGCCGCAUUAUCUUGUGUUUGUUGAGCUAAAGGGUGUGAGGAACCUCUCAGAGGAACAAAGAUACAAGUUAGACCACUGCCUACAGGAGGACUCUGAUAUCUACCGAUCCUUCAGGAUGAAGGGCAGCAUCGGACCAAUGAGAGUUCAGCUCGUUCGUGAGGGAACUUUCCAAGAACUGAAAGAUCGCAUGAUGGCCUUCUCCAGUGCUUCGUCUAACAACUUCAAAAUGCAGCGUGUGAUACGCAACAGAGAGUUUGCAGACUUUCUACUGCAGAGGGCUUUUUCAUGAGCAUUUCAAUUAGAGAUGAAUGAAGUGUCAUUUUUGGCAAUGUUAAAAUAUUUUCUGCUAUCCUAGUUUUAUAUGCUGAGAUGAUAGGUUGGUCUACUUGAUGCUGCCAGAGAGAUGGUUCUUGAGCCUGGUCCUGGAGGACCCCAAUACUGCACAUUUUGGAUGUUUCCCUUAUUUAGCACACAAG